CUCCCAAAACACUCGCAAUGACCUUCUCAGAGCUUGUUUUUGUUCCAUAUCCCGGAUCCGGUCACUUGCCUCAGACAAUAGAGUUAGCUAAGCUCCUAAUUCACCUUAAUCGACGGCUUUCGGUCACCAUCAUCAUCAUGAACCUCCCCUUACAAGAGAAACACGAAACUCUCGAGUCCUCAUCCCGUUUACGUUUCAUUAAUAUUCCUUGUGAAGAGCCAGCAAAGGACCUUAUCUCGGGCACCACCUUCCUAUCCGCUUUCAUCGAACACCACAAGACUCAUGUUCAAAACAUUGUUAAUCAAUGCAUCACAAAUCCUAGUUCGGUCAAACUGGUUGGGUUCGUUGUUGAUAUGUUUUGUGUGGCCAUGAUUGACGUUGCGAACGAGUUCAAAGUUCCAACAUAUAUUUAUUUCACCUCCAGUGCUGCCACGCUUGGCCAAAUAUUUUAUUUGCAGGCCAAGCGUGACGUAGAGGAGUAUGAUGUCACUGAGUUGAAAAACUCGAGAUCAGAUCUUCUGAUCCCGAGUUAUGUCAACCCAGUUCCCACCAGGGUGAUACCUUUGGUAGUCUUUGAUAAAGGUGGAUCAAAAAUUUAUCUUGACUUAGCCAUAAGGUAUCGCGAGGCAAAAGGGAUUAUUGUAAAUACUUUCCAAGAGCUCGAAGUGCAAGGUAUCGAGGCUCUUUUAAGUAGCUAUACGAAUAUCCCACCGAUUUUUCAAGUUGGGCCGAUAAUAAACCACAAUAAUCCAUCAAAAGACGGUAAGACAGAGGAGCUUAUUAUAACAUGGCUAAAUGACCAGCCCGAGAGUUCGGUUGUAUUCCUCUGCUUUGGAAGCAUGGGAAGCUUCAAUGAGAAACAAGUAAAGGAGAUUGCGGUUGCCCUCGAAAGAAGUGGACAUAGGUUCUUAUGGUCCCUUCGUCGUCCCCCACUAACGUCCGGGUUCAUGGAGGAUCUCGAGGAAUACGAAAACUUGGACGAGGUCUUGCCAGAGGGCUUCCUUGAAAGGACAUCAAGUAUGGGCAAGGUGAUUGGAUGGGCCCCACAGAUGGCAAUAUUGUCUCACCCAUCCGUUGGAGGGUUCGUGUCACAUUGUGGGUGGAACUCGAUACUGGAGAGCAUAUGGUGUGGGGUACCCAUAGCGGCUUGGCCAAUUUACGCCGAGCAACAAAUAAAUGCUUUUCAGCUUGUAGUCGACCUUGGAUUGGCGGCUGAAAUUAAAAUCGAUUAUCAGAAAGAGAUGAAUGUGACAGCAGAGGAAAUUGUAAAAGGGAUGCACAAGUUAAUGAAUGACGAAGAAUUGAGGAGGAAAGUGAAAGAGAUGAAAGACAAAAGUCGGUUAACAGUUUCUAAAGGUGGAUAUUCUAACACAUCCAUUGAAGAUUUCCUUGGCCAUCUUAUGAUCAACAACUAAAUCAUAUUUGAGUGUAUGUUGUUUUGUAUAUAUUAUAUGUUAAAUCAUCUUCAUUAUUGUUUGUUUUGUUUCAAUUUAUGUUUAAUAUUGCAAA